GCACCCCACUUUCUUUAUAAUUUUCUCUUCCUCUUAAAAAUUUUCCGAGAAAAGCAAAGAAAAUUUCCAGAGAGAAGGAACAAGAAAAAAAAGAAAAGAAAGAUGUACGGAUAUACGGGGGUGAGCAGCAAGGCGGAAGAGGUUGACCUAGAGUCGGGUCAGACUUUGUACCCGGGGCUUAGCCAUGGGGAGAACGAGCUCCGAUGGGGAUUCAUACGGAAAGUGUACGGAAUCUUGGCUACCCAGAUUAUGCUCACCACCAUAGUCUCCGCUGUCACCGUCCUUUACACUCCCGUCAACGAUCUCCUUAGGGGAAGCCCUGGGAUUCUUCUCUUCUUCGCCAUUUUCCCCCUCAUCUUAUUGUGGCCCUUGCAUGUCUAUCAGCAAAAGCAUCCACUGAACUUUGUCUUCCUCGGACUUUUCACGGUGUCACUGAGUCUCACAGUUGGUGUAACCUGCGCUAACACAGAGGGAAGCAUUGUGCUUGAAGCAUUAAUUUUAACCUCAGCUGUGGUAGCAUCCUUGACUGCUUACACCUUCUGGGCUUCCAAGAAGGGCAAGGACUUCAGCUUCCUGGGGCCAAUCUUAUUCACCGGCCUUAUUAUCCUUGUCCUAAGCAGUUUCAUCCAGGUGUUCUUCCCACUUGGAUCUACAUCUUCUGCUGUUUAUGGUGCAAUUGGUGCUAUUAUUUUCUCGGGAUAUAUUGUGUAUGACACCCACAACUUGAUCAAGCGCUUCUCAUAUGAUGAGUACAUUUGGGCUGCAAUCACUCUGUAUCUGGAUAUUCUUAACCUGUUUCUUACCAUUCUGCGGAUGCUGAGGCAAGGGGACAAUUAAUCUGUUACCUAUUGACUUCACUCUCACCAUCCUGGUGUUUUGAACUGAAAAUACAAAUUCUCUGAAAACUAAGACUAGAGAUAUUGUUGUGGAUAGUUUUUAUAUUUCCCUGUAUUUGAAUGUUGCAGCUAGAUAAGCUGUCAUAAAAUGAAAUUUCAAUUGUACUUUUGCCCGAGUGUGCUCAUAUAGAAUUAGUAUGUAAUUGCUUUUCUUCUAUGUUCUGGUCAUUACAGCUUGACCUUUAUGAACUCUCUAGCUGCCAUGAAUACACUUGCUUAAAUGCUUUGCGUGUUA